AUGGGCGGAGAGGACGUAAAAGUGAAUAGUUUACAGGUCAGCUGCUUCAACAGGUUGAUGUAGUUCAGAGCUCACCAACCUCACUGUUUAUUGGUGUGCACUCAUGUGUCAGUCACAAGGUUAGAAACAAAGUUCACCUAAUGUUCUCUCAGCCCGUCACAAACAUUCAGGAUGCUGAAAACAACAGACAUGCUUCUUCUCCUCUUCUGUCUUGUCGGGACAUCGGAUUCCCUGUACAAACAGUGGAUUCCUGACACCAACUAUGAGAACAAGACCAACUGGGACAAAGAAUCUGUUCCAUGUGGCAACGACAUAGUUCAGUUUCUAGUCCAGAGAAAAGUGUCCGUGUUUGUGGAGACCACACAUGCUGUGCAGGAGAUGAGGCUGCCAGUGGAUGGAGAGUUCAUCCUGAAUUCAGGAGCUGGAUUUUAUGUUGUGAGUGGACAGGAUCCGGGCUGCGGAGCGGGUGUUACGACAAAGUUCAAAGAUUCUGAGUCUCUUCAAUGGUUAAACCCAGCUCUGUGGCAGGGGUCUGCAACCCUGGAUGACCUGCAGCAUGGAAACGUCUUGUUCUCAGUCCACGAGGAGAGUGUCCCUUGCCAGUACGACGAUGUGGUUUUUAAAGCCAGCUCUUCAUUCAGGGUGGACACCAGCACCAGUCAGUCUUCUGUUCCUGUCAAAUCUGUGUCUGUGCUGGGGAAGAAGUAUGAAAGCACCUCUGAGUUCACCCAAUAUCUCAGCUCACGUUCAGGCCGGCUGCAGUUUCACGGGUCCUCUGCUGUCACUAUUGGGAACAAAGAGUGUGGAGAUCCUUCUGGCUGCGCCUGUGGGAAUUCUGUAAACCAUAAGCGUAUCUGUAGCACUGUUCAAUGUGCCUCUCUGGGCUGUAAGAAGCCUCUCCUCCCUGUCGGACACUGCUGUGAAGUUUGUGGUGCCAUUGUCACAAUCCAUUUUGCCACUGGUUUCAACCUGCAAACUUACAGGCAACGAAUCCACCACCUAUUUCUAGUUUUGCCAAAAUACAAAUCCAUUCAGCUGGGCAUGUCUAAAAUCUUCAAGUCACAGCAGUUGAUGGGGAUCAUCCCUUUUGGUACCUCACCUGAAAUCCAGGUGGUUAUUGUGGAUGGAGAGAAGGGAACACAGUCAGAGGGUCUGGCCAGGGACAUAUUGAAGGAUGCACGCUCUCAUGGCUCAAGCCUGGGUAUCACUGAGGCUGAAUUUCAAGCCUCCUCCGGGAACAGCAGCGAUCAGACUGGAGGCAGUGCUGGGAUGGUGGUUGGAACUGUGUUUGGAGUUUUGAUUGGGAUUUCAAUCAUAAUCACUUUGGUCUUUCUGAUUCGUAGAGGGGUUAUUCAAAUGCCAUCAUCGCUGCCAUCGCUGCCAUCCCUGCCAUCCCUGCCAUCCCUGAGCAGCUUUAGGAGAAGCAGAGAUGAGGAAGACCUCAAUGGGCCUAUUGAUCACGGUUAUGAUAAUCCAAUUUUUAACAAGCCAAACUUGAUGCCUAAAGUUCCUGGACUGUAUGCGACUGAAACAAAAAAUUCAAUCUCCAUGACUCAGUCAGGUGUGCACUUUGUAAAUCCGGUUUAUGAUGAUAAUGAAACUGAUUUUAAUGCCUGAAGGUGAACAAGUAAACUUUUAAGAUGU